CAAUACAAAAUCUUAGGUGCAUGCAACUUGAAGCAAUUUUGACAAAACAUGCUUAAAUUCUAGGAUUUUCCCUGUGUUUACUCAACGAGCGCAAAGAGGCGGGUGUCACGGGCACAUUAAAAGGAACUGGGUCUAUUGUGUGACAAUAUUUCCGCUUCAGAUCUCUUAGCGGUAUUGGCUUUUCUGAAAGAGACGUGCAAAGCCAACGGAAAAGUCUGUUAAGUUUCAAAAUUAUUCGUAACAACUUUUUCAGUCUCUCUCCAGAGAGCUCCAUUGUAUCUGUGCCGGCGACACGCACUCUGCAAUCCCACUGAAGAAAAGGAUUAUACUCGGAGAUGACGGUUGAUUGAAUUCCAAAACUUGAAUGGAAUACUGCAGAAUUCAGGGAGAAUAUUAAGUGCUGUGAAAAAAAAAAGGCUCAACUCGAUUCCGAUGUUUCAUAUCCUCCAGGUUCCAGGUCUAUGGAAAUGCAGGAUCUAGCAAGUCCACAAGGUCGAAUCAGUGGAAGUAGUGAGUCUCCCAAUGGUCCAAAGCUUGACAACUCCUGCAUUAAUAAUAAUUCCAUGACCCCAAAUGGCACAGAAGUCAAAACGGAACCAAUGAGCACCUGUGACAUUGCUACAACGACCCAAGAAGAGGCUUUAGACAAUUUCUCAGGAAUUGGUGGUGGCUUUAGUCCAGGGGAAACGCAUCAUUUCUCUCCACAUAUUUACCCUUCCAACAGGUCAUAUCCACACAUUCUCCCAACACCACCUUCACAAACGAUGGCAUCAUACGGGCAGUCUCCAUAUGCCACAGGAAUGCAGCAAGCAGCUACCUAUGCAAGCUAUCCCCAGCCAGGUCAACAUUAUGGAAUCCCAUCCUAUGAAUCUACAGAUCUGAUGACAUUAACCGAUGUAGGUGCAUUAUGGGCAGGCAUCAAGACAGAAGGUGGAUUGACUCAAAUGCAGUCUCCUGGCCAAACGGGAUUUCUAAGUUAUGGUUCAAGCUUUAGUGCACCUCAACCAGGCCAAGCCCCUUACAGUUACCAAAUGCAAGGGGGAAGUUUUACAUCCUCGUCAGGAAUUUACACGGGCAGCAAUUCACUUACACAUUCUCCAGGCUUUAAUAGUUCACAGCAGGAAUAUUCUUACACAGGCUUUGGUCAGGGGCAAUAUUCACAGUAUUAUAACAAUUCUCCAUAUACUUACGUGACAAGCAACAACAGCAGUCCCCCAGCGACUCCUUCAACCACCGCAACAUAUCAACUCCAAAGUUCACCAUCUGUCACUAGUCAGGCCAUUACGGAUGUUGCUACAGGAGAAUUUGGUACAAUCCACAGUCCGUCCACCACCAUCAAAGAUUCAGAAUCAGAUCGGUUACGUAGAGCUUCAGAUGGAAAGUCACGUGGAAGAGGCAGGAGAAACAAUAACCCCUCUCCUCCCCCAGACAGUGACCUUGAGCGAGUGUUCAUAUGGGACCUGGAUGAAACUAUCAUUGUUUUUCACUCUUUGCUCACAGGGUCCUAUGCCAAUAGAUAUGGACGGGAUCCACCCACAUCAGUGUCACUUGGGUUACGAAUGGAAGAAAUGAUCUUCAACUUGGCAGACACACAUCUCUUUUUUAACGAUUUAGAAGAAUGUGAUCAAGUUCACAUUGAUGAUGUAUCAUCAGAUGAUAAUGGACAGGAUUUGAGUACUUACAACUUUGCCACAGAUGGCUUUCAUGCUGCAGCGACAAGUGCAAAUCUUUGUUUAGCAACCGGUGUGCGUGGAGGAGUUGAUUGGAUGCGGAAGCUAGCUUUUCGCUAUCGGAGAGUAAAAGAAAUAUAUAAUACUUAUAAAAAUAACGUUGGAGGUCUCCUUGGCCCAACCAAAAGGGAAUCUUGGUUGCAAUUGCGAGCAGAAAUUGAAGCCCUGACGGAUUCAUGGUUAACACUUGCACUGAAAGUGCUCACACUCAUUCAUUCAAGGUCAAACAGCAUAAAUAUCCUAGUCACAACAACACAACUGAUACCUGCUCUUGCCAAAGUCUUGUUAUAUGGAUUAGGAAUAGCUUUUCCAAUCGAAAAUAUAUACAGUGCGACAAAAAUUGGAAAGGAAAGCAGUUUUGAACGAAUAAUUCAAAGGUUUGGAAGAAAAGUGGUGUAUGUUGUUGUGGGAGAUGGUGUAGAAGAAGAACAAGCAUCUAAGAAGGCCAUGUGGUCUUCUCAGAUUUCCUCUUUGUGUUGUCUGCAGCAUACCAUGCCAUUCUGGAGGAUCUCAAGCCACUCUGACCUUAUGGCUCUACAUCAUGCCUUGGAACUGGAGUACUUGUAGCAGUACAUUGGCACUUUGAAAUGUAGGAUCUCUGCCCUCAAUAUCGAUGAACUACAGAACUUGGGUAUCUUCUGCCAGCUUCUUACCGCUAACUAUAUAAUGAGCCCCAAGUGUUGAAAUACAGCUGCAAUUUGUCUUAAACAUUGGUCUGACUUUAAAUGGAGCUGAAUGAUUAUCUGGAAAAGCAGCUGAUGGCUCUAAAAACUGUGUAUGGUCAAAAGCCAAGACAUUGUUCAAUAGUGCUGUUCUAUUGCAUUGCUUUGGGAGUUCAUACCUGUGAAGAAAAUCGAUUCAAGAAGAUGCCUAAUUCUUUCCCUGCUGAAUAAACAGGCAAUUAAAUGAUCCUCAGAACAGAUGUUAUCGCUCAUGCUUUAAGCAUUGACGGUCAUAAGACCACGACUUGUAAAAAUAUUGCCAUGAGGAAUAUAAAACUUACACUGAAAAUUGAGUUGUACAAAUGCUAGUGACAUAUUUUACUUGUGGAGAAAGUUUGCUUCCAUUAUCACUGAUGUCCAGGAUGCUUCUAUUAUUUAUGAACUGAUUGUUUUUCGUUAACAACAAUUAUGAAGGUACUUAAAGUAGAUUUUUGCCAUUGGACACAACAAGCGCAUUUGAUUCUGUCAUGUCACAAAGUAGUUUACAGAAAAUAAAGUUUUCUUAUAAUUUAAGAUGACUGUUUACGUUGCAAAGUCAGUCAUGUACAGAAAAAGUGUUUUUUGUAAAUUUGUAACCAGGCUAUUAUUUUACAUAUUGCUAUGAUAAAUACAAUUUAAAGGUGGCAAUGCCUUGUCCAUGAUAGGUGUAGCAAGGCGUGUGCACAAUGAAACUGUGCUGUGCCUUAUAAAAGUGUCGGUGUGGAAAAUGCAAUGGUUUUUGUUGGGUAAAUAUGUAGAUAAUGAUUUUUUUUGUUAAUUUUGUCAAGACCAAAAUCAUGCAUGUCAAGUGUCAAGGCACAUUUUCGUUCUUUUUCUAACUUUCCCAUUUGCCCAAAUUAAUUUCAUCCAUUUUUCUUCAAAAGAAUACGAACUGCUCUGGCUGAAUAAAAUGGAAAAUAAUUCCUUCAGACUCCCAUAAUGUGGAUGAUAUAGUAUAUAUUUUAUUAUAAAAGCUGUUUUCUUUUAAUACCAAGUAGCAUUUGGAAUACUCUACUAUAAACCUAUGCCCUUGUAUCUACUUUCUUUGGUAUGGAAAUACAUGAGCAAAAUUAUAUUUAAAUAAGUUUUUCUCAAGUGAUCAGGUUCUUUCUGUACCGUCAAUUUUUCAAGAAAUUGUUAAUGGUAUCAUUUUACUGAACUUUUAACUGAUAUUUUGCUAGAAAUUGGAUCUUAUAAAGCACUCAUUAUUGCAAAAAACGACAGCCUUGACCUGUUUACUGUCAGUGCUUUUCCAACUACAGCCUAUCGUGGCCACCAGAUGGUCUCUGCAGAGGGCCUACAUUUUUCCCAUUUACUUAAAAGACUUACUUCUUUGUAAAAUUUUUAUUCAUUAAAAUCUCACGAGGGUUAUGCAUCACAGCAAUUGCAAAAAGUGAUAUAUUAACAGAAAAGAUCAUGAAGAGAUUUUCUUAAAUGGGUACUACUCAUACUGUAGGUUAAGACCAUAGUGAACCAUUCUAGUUAAUUGGUUAUGGACAGUUUGCAAAUAACAAUCAAUAAUAAAAGUAAUCACUGGGGUUAUGAUUGUGCAUUUUGCAAUAGGAAUGACUGGAAAGUAACACCAUCUGCAGCCUCACUGUACAAAAAAAAACUUGUUGUGUCUUAAAAAUACAUGUACAGACCGUUCUCAUGAAUUAUGAGUUUAAUUUCAAUAAAAUUCAAUUUGUGACAUGGA